AUGCUUGCUUCAUCGCCUUCGUCGUCUGCUGUGACUAUUCCUAUCCCGGGAAAGUCGAUAUUGAAACGUCCGCCACCUCCACAGCAGUCGUUCUUCUCCCUUGCACGACUCACGAAGCUCUUGCCGAACCAAGUUCAACAGCAAGCCGAUGCUGCUCAGGAUGAGGUGGCAACCCUCAAGAGAGCACAUUUCAUUCUUCCGGAGAUGACUACUGUGUAUCCGAUAUCUGCUGCAAAUCCACCGUGCACACCCACCAUCAAGGAGGAGAAGCGGACGAUUGAGGAACGUGAGGCAGAACGGAGACGUCGCAUUGUGCGGGGCAAUUCGUCUGCGUCGGAUGUCAACUCUGGGGAGGAUUGGUGGAGCAUGGACAAGGUUGAGUCGUUCUACAGAGAGUGCUGUGAUGGACGAGAGGAAAUACAUGAUCCAGCAGUGUCUGCCGCAUUCAAGCGUGUGGCCAGCACUCAUCCCCGUGCUGUAGAUCUGUCCGGCGUGCAACUCACCACGGGCUCCGCCUCCGUGCUUUCCGAUGUCUUCACGAUUGAGUGGGGACUGCGCCAGUUGACUCUCAAGGAGUGCAACCUGGAUGACCACAUUUUGAAACCAAUAUUGCACGCGCUCCUCAUUCCCGACAGCCUCACGUUCCUUUCGGUCGCAUCGAACCGACGUGUGAAGGCCCCCGCUCUUCGGCUAAUCGGUGCGUACAUGGCGCAGACGAAGAGUCUUCAAUUCCUCGAUCUGUCACAGAACAACCUCGAUAAGAAGUCAAUCGAGUACAUCGCGAUGGCGUUGCCUGAAGCACCGAAAUCUGGCCUUGUGUCGCUUCGUCUGGACGACUGCUCGCUGAAACCUGCUGCCUUGGACGCGCUUGCUAACAGCGUGCGGAAAUCUUCUCUGCGCAAUAUUUCUCUGCGGUUGAAUCGCAUUAGUGCCACGGGUGCGGUAGCUAUCGCACUAAUGAUCAAAGACUACCCUGACCGCUUCCCAACAACAAACGGGAGCGCGAGCCCUACAUCAUCAUCAACAGCCAGUCCUACAUCGAGCGUUGCUGGCGUGUCUCCACCAAUGACGCCUAUCACGCCCACGAUGAGUCCCCUCUCUAGCAGCAAUGGCACAAUCACCCCUCCGCCGCCUCCACGUGCCGGGCCCCUCCCUCCGCCUCCACGACAUCCGUCGACCAUCCCGCAUACGACUUACGUCGCUUAUGUCCCUCGUGCGAAGCGGAAUGCGGCUGGGACUACCGCUGUUGCCAGCGUGAACCCGUUGUCUUCGACCGGACAGCAGAUUCCGCUUAUCACAUCCUCUGCACAGGGUGGCGUGACUACGCGGCAUCCGGUGCCGUCCUCGCCAGCGCCCACCAGCGCGGGGCAUAACCACAAUUCCUUGCAACAAUACAACCAUGGGCCGAGCGCAGCUUUGCUGGACAAGGUGCGCGCACUGGAUAACCUACCACGGCUAGGUGCGCUGCGGACUUUGGAUUUGAAGGGAAAUGAUAUCCGCAGCGGUAUAACGUAUAUUGCGCAAGUACUCAAGCGCAAUCGUACGUUAAAGGUUUUGAACUUGAGCGAGAACAAGCUGGACGUUCAAGGUCUGAUUGCCGUGGCAGAGGCAUUGAAAUAUAACUCUUGCUUGGAAACGUUGGACCUGAGCAAGAAUCCUUGCUGUGGGCCGGCCUUGGAAGGGAUCCAGUCGUUGCGAACGGCGUUCACGCUGAAUGAUGCACUCAAGAGGUUGUUCCUUUCAUCCACAGGGUUGACCUCUGCUGGUGCGAUUGCAUUAGCCGAAUUCUUGCCCGAGUCAACAUCCCUGCUCCAUCUCGACCUCACCUUGAACAAUCUUGAUCUUGCUGGUGUGAUGGCUCUCAGCUCAGGAUUGAAGGCGAACCACACCAUGCGGUGUCUGGAUCUCAACAUUCCUCCAGGAGAUGAGGAGAUGGCUCGCAUGUGCCGCGAGAUUCUCAAUACCUGCGUACGUAACACAGAAGAGGCUGAGAAGAAUGCACAUCCUGCCCACACGGAGAAUGGCAGUGGACGUGGGCAAGGCAAGGGUAUAUGGGGCAUGAUUGAGGAGAGUGAGCUAGCGAAGACGUUCCGGCAGGACGACCAGAAAAAGGUUGAUAGCGUUACUACCAAUUCGCCUGUUCCGUCCGAACCACCAACUGACUUUCCUCCCGCGGCAAAACAGACAGAGGCAGACGUCAUCAUUCAGGCUCGUGCAUGUAAGAGCCAAAUGGAGGACUUGCUCGCGCGCUCGCCAUCAUCGUCUUCUGCACCUGCGUCUCCAGUUACGGACGUAGUCGCUGACCUGGCGGAAAGCGUGAAGGAAGUCCAGAAGUCGUUGAUGGCUCUGAUCGAGACUUCCACGGAGCCUGAACGACUACAAGACCUGCUUACGCUGAACGACGAUCUCACUGCGCUGCUGGUCCGUUGCGCGCCAGUGAGACAGGCUCUGUCGUUGCGCGGCCUAGGCAUUCGCAUUGGCCAAGCUAACGGGUCCGCUCGAACAUCGUCACCAGUGAACGGACGUGCAGCGAAUGACGAGAAGGGCAAGGGGGAGCCUGUCACGCCUCGGAUCGACAAGGGCAAGGGCAGGGCAGAGCCUGAGCCGGAAGAGCCAGAGAAGGUGCUCAGCCCCACGUUCCUGAUUACUGAAUCGGACGACGAGGAUGGCGAUGGUCAAGAAGCAUCAAUGCCGCCCGCCGAGGGUCUGGUAUCUCCCACUGAGAUGUCACGUAGCUGGAUGGAAGAAGAGGGUGAGGUGUUCCGCAAGGGCACCGUUCUUCUUGGACCGGAAGAGAUGGAAGGCGAGUACGAUGGCGAGGAGCUACGUAGAGAACUAUUGGAGGCGAUGGUUGAACGCCCACCGCCGAGAGCGGUCCUGGAUGACUUCGGCGCCGAGCUUGAUCCUGAUCACCCUUCACCCACGUCACCUUCGACAUCCUCACAGGAGAAGAAGCCGCUGCCUCGACCAUAUAUACGGCGUUCGCGCUCGUCGUCCAACAGUGACUCGCCUCAGGCUGUGUCUUCUAACCACAAGUCACCGGAUGGAUCCGCCGUGUUAGGAGUGACUAGUCCGACUUCGCCGACGUCACCUUCCGUGCAGUUCAAGGCCUUCCUCAGUCGCAGAACCUCGUCCGCGUCAUCAAAUUCCAAGGACGCUGAGUGAGGCGUUGUAAUAACGAAUGUCUUUGGAAAUCGCCGAUGAGACAUCUGCACGCUCACAACUCUACUUUGUUGAUAUCCCCGCAUUUUUCGGCUUUCAACGUUGUGCAUUCUGACCAUGGACAUACCCUUUUGGUGUCUUCCUGCUUUGAUUAAUGAAGGCACCGUCGUUUUAGAUAUAAUGCCCACUCGACAUUCCUUUACACGCUUGUUCCUUGGUCAGACGCGCUGUAGAAACUUUAAUUGUAGAUAUCUUACAGUCAUGUUAUUGUUGAUGAAACAGAUAUGCUAUGGAUCCGACUGGGGCUUUCAGUUACAUAAAGCUAUGUGUAUGUGAGCGCCUGUGGCCACGUUCGAUAGUACGAUCUCGCC